UGUGUGUGUAACCUAUGUGUCUGUGUGUGUGUGCUCUAGGAGGGUGAGUGGGUUGUACGAGCUGAGGCUGUGUCGCCCGGUGGAUCCCGGGAGUCCAGGCACGGCGCGACGUACCCGCCGCGUCGUCGACUCGGCCAGCGGCUACGUGCGUGGCCAGGAGAACCUGGGCUCGUGGAGGCCCCGGGCCGACAGCCUGCUGCUGGAGCACCAGUGGGAGCUGCAGCGCUUGCAGCGCAUGCACGAGGUGGAGCGAACUCGCCACUUCCUGUCUCUCCGCGACAAGCUGACCCACGGCUGCCCCCACAAAGCGGGCCCCCCUCCCUCGGCGCUCGACUCCCCCUCCCGGGCCCCCCAAUUGGACCACCGCCGCAACCGCCACCAGCAGCAGCACCACCAGCAGCACCACCAGCACCAGCAGCAGCAGCAGCUCCUGCACGGUGACCAUGGCGACCACCACGACGACCACGACCACGACGACCGCGACGACGACGACGACGACGCCGGGGGGCCGGGCGCCCCCCAACUUGGGGGCCCCCCCUCCGGCCGCAGGGACGUGGGCACCUGCACCCCCGGAGGGGGUGGGGCCGGGGGGGGCCCGGGGGGCCCGGGGGGCCCCGGCUGCGGGGGAGGCGGAGGAGCGGGGGUGGAGGAGUCGGCCCUCGUGAGGUCCUGCGACUGCCUCCACGACAGGGAGAGGGCCCUCGUGCUCAAGUGUCUGAAGCUCAUGACGCACACGUUCAACCGCACGCAUGGAACCCUGCACGGGAGCUUCAGUUGCCUCAAGCUGUCGGAGUCAUCUAGCAGUGGAGUGGGACUGGGAGGAGGUGGCGGAGCUGGAGGAGGCUCCUCCCACGGCUCCUCCUCUGACUCCGCCCCCGGGACUCCAUCCCCCCCACUCUCUCAUCACGUGUGUGAGCACGGGCUGGUGAGCGAGGUGAGCGAGGUGAGCGAGGUGGUGAGGAGCGAGCUGCCGCUCCUCGUCGCCGAGGAGAGGGGGAGGGAGGCGGUGGCCGACGGCGGCGGCCGCUGCGUGGCGCGGGUGAGCGAGGUCCGGCUGAGCCCCGUGGUGACCAAGAGCGGCUACCUGAACGUGCUCGAGUCCCCAGCGGGCAUCUGGACCCGCCGCUGGCUGUGCGUGCGGCGGCCGUUUGCACUCCUCUACAACGCGGAGAGCGACCGCUGUGAGCGUGGGGCCCUGGACCUCCGGGCUGCACGCGUGGUGCAGCAGCACGGGCAGGAUCGGCAGGCCUCACUCACGACCCCGUUCACGUUUGCGCUCUGCACACAGCACCGCGGGCUGCUGCUGCAGGCCUCCAGCUCCCGCGACCUGCAGGAUUGGCUCUACACAUUCAACCCCCUGGCCGCGGGGACUUACAGGUCCAAGAUGGGCAGUCGCCGUCGCUCCAGCGACUUCUCCACCUGAGGCGGCCCCUCCCCCAACCCCCCUAACCCCGCCCCC